AAAAUAGACAGUGGAUGCUACUUUUAAGUUUCGUUUUCUAGCAAGAAGGAAACUGCAGAAAACCCUUGGGUAGAGUGGAGGAUUUUGACAAGCUAUGUACAGAAGGGAGCAGAACAGAAGCAUUGGCAUUAUAGAUCCAGAAGUUCUCCUAGGCUACUGAGGGACAGAGAAACAAACUUUGGCUGAUCGAAAAGGGGAAGAAGAGAAGCCUCAAGGAAACCCAGGAGGCUGCCAAUUCAAAGAGGCCGUGUGCUUGCCAUGUGCUCCUGAGUGCUGAGUGAGAGGUUCCCCUCCCCCCCCCCCCGCAUAGAUCAGCAAUCCCUCAAAUUUGCAGCCACAUGGAACUGCGCGAUUAUCAGUGGGAAGUUAUUGAGCCUGCCCUGGAGGGCAAGAAUAUCAUAAUAUGGCUGCCAACAGGUGCAGGAAAGACCCGAGCAGCUGCCUAUGUCUGUAAGAGGCACCUGGAGAGCCUAGAGAAGAGCAAGGUGGCUGUGUUAGUCAACACGGUGCCUCUGGUGGAUCAACACCUGAAAAAUGAGUUCAGCACCUUGCAGAACCGCUUCAAUGUCACUGCCAUCAGUGGUGACAGCACCCAGAAGCUGUUCUUCUCAGAUGAGAUGAAGAGCAAUGACUUGAUCAUCUGUACAGCAAAGAUCCUAGAAAAUGCCCUCAACAGCCAAGAAGAGGAGAUGCACGUGGAGCUGACAGAUUUCUCUUUGCUGGUGAUUGACGAGUGCCAUCACACUCACAAAGAAACCACCUACAACAAGAUUAUGGAGGACUACCUGCAACGGAAGCUCAAAGGCGAACAGAACUUACCACAGAUCCUGGGGCUCACAGCCUCGCUAGGUACUGGAGGUGCCAACUCUCUGGAGGGAGCCCAGGACCACAUCCUCCAGAUCUGCGCCAACUUAGACGCUGAAAAAAUCAUGUCAUCCAAUAAACAUACGAUCUACCUUGCUACUCAUGUCCCAUCACCCAAGAAGCAGUACGAUCUGUCCGAACCAAGGCUUCAGGAUCCUUUUGGACAAAAGCUCAGGGAGAUAAUGACCCAGAUCUAUAGUUACCUGGAUGUGUCUGACUUGACUACAGAUUUUGGUACCCAAAUCUUUGAGCAGCAAAUUGUGGAGCUUGAGAAGGAAGGAGCAAAAGGAUUUUGCCAGAAGACCCGAGUGUGCGCUUUGCAUCUCCGUAAAUACAACGACGCCCUGCUGAUCAAUGACACUGUGCGCAUGAUUGAUGCCUUCAAAACUCUGGAUGAGUUUUACCAACUGCAACAUGUUACCAAGGUCCUGGAUCACCCAGCAGAGCGCUACCUGGUCCAGAUCUUUGACAGGAACAGGGCGUGUCUCUUGGCCCUAGCUGAAGACAAGCGCUAUGAGAAUCCCAAACUUGGUAAGCUGCAGCAAGUCCUGCAAAAGCAAUUCCAAGAGCUGGAGAGCUCGCGGGCCAUUGUGUUCGCCCGGACACGCCAGAGUGCUCAUUCCUUGCAGCAGUGGGUACAGGAUAACCCGGCCUUAUCCGGACUCAGGAUCAAGGCUGCUGUCCUGACGGGAGCUGGCUACAGCAACCAAGCCAAACACAUGACACAGCAAGAGCAGCGAGAGGUCAUCCAUCGUUUCCGUCAGGGCAUACUCAAUCUGCUCUUCUCCACCAGUGUGGCUGAGGAGGGCCUGGACAUCCCUGAGUGUAAUGCUGUGGUCCGCUAUGGGCUGAUGACCAAUGAGAUUGCCAUGAUGCAGGCCAGAGGCCGAGCCCGGGCCCAAGAUAGCAUCUACUCUAUUUUGGCCAAGGCCAGCAGCAAGGAGGUGGCUCGUGAGAAGCUCAAUGAGACCUUGGAGGCCCUGAUGGAGAGAGCUAUCCAGUGGGUGCAGCAGAUGCCUGAGCGGGAAUACCGCCUGAAGAUUGCAAAGCUUCAACAUGAAGCUGUCAUUAAUCACAGGAUGCGGGAUGCUGCACGCGAGCAGCAGCGCCGGCUCCAUGAUCCAGAUGUUGUCCGCCUCUACUGCAUCAACUGCAACAUAGCAGUCUGCCAUGGCACUGACCUGCGCAAAGUAGAGAAUAUGCACCAUGUAAACAUCAACCCCAACUUCAGACUGUACUACAGAGUAUCACUUGACCAUGUGGUAGUUCCUCGUGAGUUCAAGGACUGGAGGCCAGGCGGCUCCAUCAGUUGUAAUAAAUGUGGGCAGGCUUGGGGAAUGGAAAUGAUCUACAAGAAUGCCAAACUUCCCAUGCUUGCCAUCAAAAAUUUUGUGGUGGAAACCCCAGAUGGCAGAAGGACCUUCAAGAAAUGGAGCAAAGUUACUUUUGACAUCAAUGAAUUUGACUAUGUUGAAUAUUGUAGCACUGAUCCAUUGCUAGAAGUCUAAGGCCUGGAGAGUAAGUGGAAGAGAGAACAUUAAAUGCAGCUCCAGGACGCUAUGGGUAUGGGACUCUUUGUUGCCUACUAACAAGGCCUUACACCAACCUACAGUAGUUCUCCAAAUGGUAGCCUUUUGGGCACAAAACACCUUAUAUGAGCAGGGUCAAACGUCUGUAAAAUAUUAAAUUAUAUUUUAGGCAAGCCUGGAUUAAGAGAAAGUGGUAAAUUGGAAUUAGUUCCUUGCUAUACAGCAUUCCAGGUCUUUCACACAGACUGGCCUAUAGUGUCUCUUCUGUCAAUCAUUGGCUAUUUUUUAAAUAUAUGCAGAGGUUGAACCUUGCCUGGAUGAUUACUAGCUUUUUAAUUUUACUAUCAUGGCUUUUGGCACCUUAAAUGAAACUCUGUGGCCUUUUAAGUAAUUGCUUUUAAGUAAGACACUGCUGUUAAGUGACAUUCUUUAAAAUAAAACACAUUUGGCAACUCACACUAUCCACCUAGCUAUUUCUUAAGUGUGUCUUCUGAAACAAUACAUCACCUGCAUUUCACUCUUAAUUUGUUGUCCUUACCAACAUGGUCAAAUCUUAUUUUAAACCUAUUAUGAACAGACAUAGAAAUAGACAAAGAGCACUAAAGCCACGCAAUUAGUGAUUUAAUUAUGGUUUUAUUUUACAGGAUACAAAUUUUUAAAGUUCUCAACAAGAAUUAAAGUGCGUAAUUUUACAGUAUUCCAGUUCCCACCUUUAUGGACUAAAUAUACAUAUGUUACAGAAAUAUAUACAAAUAUCUGCAAGUAUUUUACAUUCGUGUACACAUUAUUAAAUGGAAAAAGCUAACCACUUUCACAAUCUUUAAUGCUUCUUU